GUCAACAACCUGCUGGAAGACAACUACUGCUUCAUUGUUGUUCAUUUCAAAUGCGCUCUUUGGACUGCAAGUUCAAGUUUCAGUUGUUUUGUCGUGAAGUUGUUAAACGUGUUACUACGUUAUUUCUAUUGCACUGCCUCGCCUAUCGACGAGCCCUGACAUUAAAUGUCAAGAAGACUGGAUAUAAACUCCUCGGAAACUGUCGACUCUUUUUUUCAAUACUGUCCCACUGGAAUUUUUCUUUUCAAAACCACAGUCGAAGUAAUUUUGAAACGGCUUUGCAGAAAGUGCGAUGAUCGAGCAGGCAGCCCCAGCGCUGGGAGCAGCACCGAGCAGCACAGACGCUCCUGACGCUGCCCCCCCUUCGACCGGCUCUUCCGUGCAGCCCCUUCGCUACUGCUCCUCGGCGGCUGCUCGGCUAUCUGAUUGUUGUCAUGGAGGAGCCAAGAUGGCGGUUUUGGCCUAUAGCCUAGGCAAGCGAGAGAUUAACCAGCAUUUUAGCAUCAAGAAUGCCAAGCUUCUUGCCUUCGUUGCUGUGGUGCUGCUCACUGCACUUCACUCCGUCCGUCUGUAUUACGGAGCAGAUGAUGACACAUGUAACUGGCUUCUUUCCAGUGGACGAUUCCUUGGAGAGAGUGUGUGGCAACCUUAUGGUUGCAUGAUGCAUAAAUAUAAGCGCAGUGAAGCAAGAAACUGCCUUGUUGAUAAACGUAUAGCGUUUAUAGGAGAUUCCAGAAUUCGCCAACAUUUCUUUUCUUAUCUAAAAAUUAUUGACUCUGAAGUUAAAGAAGAAGGAAACAAGCAUGAAAACAUUCCAUUUGAAGACAGAAGUUUGCCAUUAAAAGUGGAUUUUCUUUGGAAUGCUGAAGUAAACAAUUCAAUGAAGGAGAAGUUAAUAUCCUGGACAGAGAGUUCAUCUGUAAAACCACACAUCAUUGUUGUCGGAGCAGCCACAUGGUCAAUUAAGCUGCACAAUGGCAGUGCUGAAGCUCUCAAUCAAUACAAAACCAACCUGUCAUCAAUUGCCCGAGUGCUGGAGAAGCUGGUUGAAUACAGUGAUGUUUAUUGGGUGUUGCAAGAUCCAGUGUAUGAGGAUCUACUUAAUGAGAACAGGAAGAUGAUUACUAAUGAACAAAUUGAUUCUUAUAAUGAAGCAGCUUUAACUAUACUGAACAAAAGUAAAUGGAACUCAAAAGCAAAAAUUAAGAUCCUUAGUGCUUCCAGAUUGGCAGCUAAAGAAACUAUUCAUGAAUCAACAGAUGGGCUGCACCUCCCAGAUAGUACAAGAGAUAUUAGUGCAAUGAUUUUAAUGAACUCUGUUUGUAACAAGAUAUUAAAACCUAUUGAUGGAUCAUGCUGCCUUCCGAAACCUUCAGUAACUCUUAUACAGAAGCUGACUUUUUGCUUUUUUGUAUUGUCAUUAUCUGGUUACUUAGUUUUAAGUUUUGCAUGUCGCACCAACCAUCGGAAAAGUAAGUUGGUUGCAGAUGUGGAAAAUGGUGAAGAGAAGAAGCCAACCACUGCCAAUUCUUCAGCAGUAAACCUAAAAACGUCACUUCAGUCUGUGUGCAAAUUAAGUCUUAUCAUGGCAUACUUCUUUUUGUGCGACAGAGCAAACAUAUUUAUGAAGGAGCAAAAAUUUUACACUCAUUCCACCUUCUUCAUCCCAUUGAUCUACAUACUGGUGCUGGGUGUAUUCUACACUGAAAAUUGCAAAGAGGCAAAGAUGUUAAACCGGGAACAAACAGAUGAAUGGAAAGGAUGGAUGCAACUGGUUAUACUGAUAUAUCAUAUAUCUGGUGCAAGUGCAUUCUUACCAGUAUAUAUGCAUGUCCGAGUCCUUGUUGCAGCCUAUCUGUUCCAAACAGGCUAUGGACACUUUUCUUUCUUUUGGCUAAAAGGAGAUUUUGGACUUUACAGAGUGUGCCAGGUGCUGUUCAGACUUAACUUCCUUGUGGUGGUGCUGUGCCUGGUGAUGGACAGGCCGUAUCAGUUCUACUAUUUUGUUCCUUUGGUGACUUUUUGGUUUGUUGUAAUAUAUGUAACAUUAGCAGUCUAUCCUCAGAUAACCCAGAAAAUAGCUAAUGGUAGUAUUUGGUGGCAUCUGGCUUUGCUGCUGAAAUUAUUUUUUUUGCUGCUCUGUAUUUGGUUUUUAGCACAUUCCCAGGGUGUGUUUGAGAACAUCUUUUCCAUUUGGCCAAUUUCUAAGCUCUUUGAAAUGGAUGCAAACGUCCAUGAAUGGUGGUUCAGGUGGAAGCUAGAUCGUUUUGCUGUUCUUCAUGGAAUUUUCUUUGCAUUUCUCUACUUGGUAUUACAGAAGUGUCAAGCGUUGUCAGAAGGCAAAGGCGAACCUCUCUUAUCAUUUAGAAUUUCAAAUUGUUUACUUUUCAUAUCCGUAGUUUCAUUUCUAACCUAUUCAAUAUGGGCAAGCAGCUGUAAAAAUAAGACCGAGUGCAAUGAACUACAUCCUUAUGUGUCUGUUGUACAGAUUUUAGCCUUUAUCCUUAUCAGAAACAUACCUGGAUAUGCACGCUCUGUGUAUAGUUCAUUUUUUGCCUGGUUUGGGAAAAUAUCACUAGAACUUUUUAUUUGCCAAUAUCACAUUUGGCUUGCAGCUGACACCAAGGGAAUCUUAGUGUUGGUACCUGGAAGUCCGAUGCUCAACAUCAUCAUCAGCUCCUUUAUUUUUGUUUGUGUGGCCCACGAGAUCUCACAGAUUACUAAUGACUUGGCGCAGGUCAUCAUUCCUAAAGAUAACUCCGCGUUACUGAAAAGACUAUUUUUCUUAGCUGCAUUUUUGCUGGCUCUUCUUUGGCUUUCUAAUUGGGAGAAGACCCAACUUUAAUUUUUCACAGAGACAAAGAAAUGACCGGCUUCUCUGUCACGGUGACCCACGUUCAAUAGAAGGGGAGGCAUGUGUUGCACAGUAAGGUUUUUCAUCAAUUUUCUGGUGAACAUAUUGUAUAUAAAAUGGACUAUAUUGAACUAUAGUGAAC